AUGAGCAACUCAAACUCGAUGACUGAACACUGUGAUGGAAUUAACUUAAGCCAUGCCGUCAACCAGUCUUUCCUUGAUCAACUUCUGGCAAACAUAAGCAACACUACCUGUGCGAGCCUCAUCCUGGAUUCACAGGCUAUCGGAGCAGGUGUGUUUCUGUCUGUUUUUAUAUUGUUUGCCAUUAUUGGCAACAUUUUGGUUAUCCUAUCUGUGCUUUGCAACAGGCACUUGCAGACCGUUACAAACUUUUUCAUUACAAACCUGGCGAUAGCCGAUCUGCUACUGAGCAUAAUUGUGCUUCCAUUUUCAGCAUGUUUAGAGGUGCUAGGGUGCUGGAUUUUUGGUAGAGUGUUCUGCAACAUCUGGGCAGCCGUGGAUGUGCUCUGCUGCACUGCGUCUAUCCUCAGCCUCUGCGUUAUCUCCAUAGACAGGUAUAUCGGUGUAAAGUAUUCUCUGAAAUACCCAACUUUAAUGACAGAGAAAAAAGCAGGGGUCAUUUUGGUGGUGGUCUGGGUGUCGUCUAUGGCCAUCUCGAUAGGGCCACUUCUAGGAUGGAAGGAACCCCUGCCCUCGGAUGAAAGCAUCUGCAGCAUCACUCAAGAACCGGGCUAUGCUCUCUUCUCGUCCUUAUUUUCCUUCUACCUCCCGCUCAUGGUCAUCCUAGUAAUGUAUUUUAGAAUUUAUGUUGUGGCCAGAAGGACAACGGAGAGCCUUGAAGCGGGGGUAAAAAAGGAGGGGAGCAAGUCAAUGGAAGUGGUACUCCGAAUCCACUGCAGAAGUGUUCUGGAGGAAUCCGCCGUGAGCGCGAGGAGUAAAACCCAUCCUUUGAGAAGUUCGCUCUCUGUGCGCCUGAUGAAAUUCUCAAGAGAAAAGAGAGCCGCCAAAACCCUGGGCAUUGUUGUUGGUGUCUUCAUCCUUUGUUGGCUACCUUUUUUCCUGGUUUUGCCUUUAGGUUCCUUAUUCCCACCUCUGAAACCUUCAGAUAUGGUCUUCAAAGUCAUCUUCUGGCUGGGCUACUUCAACAGCUGUGUGAACCCCAUCAUCUACCCCUGCUCCAGCAAGGAGUUCAAGCGCGCUUUCAUCCGACUCCUGAAGUGCCAGUGCCACCGCAGGUGGAGGACUCGAUGGAGGUUUUAUGACCAAAGGUGGAGGACAUCCAUGAACAGCUCCAGACAGGACACCAGUGGGGACUACAAGCCCAGGUUUUCCUUUUCCUUCAAUAACUCUUUCCUCUACAGGGAAAAUGGUCGGACCCCUAGCUUGAAGGGGUGGAACUUCUUCACCCCACUCCAAAAGUCUUCUUUCCAGCUGAAAGAAAAGAUGAAUAAUCUCUCCAAUAAGAUUAAGAAUGGGCCAAGCAAAAGCUCUGCCCAAACUCUGGGGAAAGUGGAUGUGGACUCGCUCUCCAUGGGGAUCUGCUAUGACCAUGGAGGCCAUGAAUGUUGUGAUCCUACAGACUAUGACAGCCUCAAGGAGACUCAUAUUUAG